CAGGAUGAGGAUGAGAGAGUGACUCAACAUUCAGGUGUGUCGGCCUCAGAUGGGCGGACCUGAUCUCCUCGGCCGCUGGUACACUCACUGUCCGAGCUUGCCCAAACACUGGACUCCCGGUACUGCCUCAGGACUAAACCGACACUGACCGACCACCCUAACGGGAACUAAAGCCAAGUCUUACGUAAUUUUCCCCAGCGUGCUCGGUAUAUGUUGUUUAAAGUGUUUCGGCGAACUCUUCUGUAGAUCCGAGUUUGUUCGCAUUAUCUUAGAGCAUCUGUGGCUAGUAAAGUAGCUAGCCUAGCUGCGUUUCAAAACAGCUGAAUAAAUUACAACGGAGGAGUUGUCGAGUUGAGUAAUGGACACAAGUUUGAUCAAGCGACUCGGAGAGACGGAACUUAAGAAGCAGAUCAAGGCAACUUGAGAUUUGUAUUAGGGGACCGACAGGGACUUUUCUCACUUCCGGCUUGAAGCUGCAUUCCUACAGUGUUUUGGAGUAGCAGUGAUCUUUCAAAGUGUGGGAAGCUACCAGUCCCUGCAUGCAUCGGUUAAACAGGCAAAAUGGAGUUGUUGUGACUAAGAUGCCAUCUAUAUAUCUGGGAAAUCAAGAUUUGGAGACGAAACAACUUGGAUCUCAAACAAACUGCUCUGUUUUCCGGAUGACUUGGUUCCUCUACUCUGCAUUACAAGCAUCGUCAGCAAUUAAAGAACCGUUCACGUUUUAAUCGGAGUCAUUUGAUACUUAACCACAACAAUGUGGUCAUGUGUUUGCACCUGAGGGCGAGGCGGCAAAGAGUAAAUUUCACAUAGAUUUUAACCGUAGAUCCCUAAUGUUGACAAAAGCAAUGGAAAUAUCACUGGGAAUUUAAAGUGUUUAAGAUAAGCUAAUAAUAUUGCACUGUGAGUGCAAACUUGUUACAGACAAUGCAAAAUCAUUUUUUUAAGACACAGGAAAAUUGACAGAGGACUUGAAAGCUGUUAAACUUGUUUCAUGAGGACACAUUUUGUACAGAAGAAUGGCGGGAAAAGACUACCAUCAUCUCUUCAAGUUGCUCAUCAUUGGUGACUCCAAUGUUGGGAAAAGCAGCUUGCUCCUACGAUUCGCAGACAACUCAUUCUCUGGAAGUUACAUAACUACUAUUGGAGUUGACUUCAAGAUCCGCACGGUAGAGAUUGAUGGAGAAAGAGUUAAACUCCAGAUCUGGGACACUGCAGGGCAGGAGAGGUUCAGAACCAUCACCUCGACGUAUUACAGAAACACUCACGGUGUCAUCAUUGUUUACGAUGUCACAAACGCUGAAUCGUUUGUCAACGUGAAAAGAUGGUUAAAUGAGAUAUCACAGAACUGUGACAACGUCUGCAAAAUUUUAGUCGGAAACAAGAAUGAUGAUCCUUCUAAAAAGCUUGUGGACACUCAAGAUGCUCAGCGCUUUGUGGAGUCAGUUGGUGUGAGGUUGUUUGAGACGAGUGCUAAAGAGAAUAUCAAUGUAGAGGAGAUGUUCAUGGCUUUCACCCACAUGGUCCUUCGGGCGAAGAAACAGAGCCAGAGUCGAGCAGAAAGAGAGAGGGACAGAGAAAAGGACACUGUCCAUAUAAAUUCCCACAGGGACAGAGAAAGGAGGAAGAAGGGGAAGAAAUGCUGUUAGGAUAUAUAGAAAGAUGGACAAAUCAAACACCUUUGCAACUUUGUUCCUUUGGUUCAAGUUUUCAACUCGGAAAUGUGACUUUUUCAUGAUAACACAGCGCUUAGAUGAAACUAAAAUAAAUAAAAAAUAACUUGCUAUUACGUGACGAACAUCAGCAUUUAUCAAUGAAGUGUUUUUUUUUUUUUUAACAAAAGGGUUAUUGACUGGAUUUACACUAGCAUCAAAUGCCUGGUCCAGGAAGGACACUAUACACAAACUGUCUUAUGUGUUCCACUGUGAUUAGUGAGAGAUGCUUCUUGUCAGAUUAAAAUUGAUGUGAUAUGUAAGUAAUGUAUGCAAAUAAUAAAUUAGCAAUAAAAUAUGAUUUUAAAGAUCGCAAA